AUGGAGUUGACGACACUAACUUUUGUAUUGCUGUCCGUACAUGUGGCUUGUAACCUUGCUGUUUCGCAAAAUGAUAAUUCUGUCGAACUGCGACUUAAUGAGAUGGAGAGGAACUUUUUCUCGGCAAUAGAAUAUCUGAAAUCCGAGCUGAGAGACACCAAGGGCAAACUACAACACGUCCAAUCUGAGCUUAGUUCGGCCAAGUCAUCAUUGAGGGAUAUACACUUAGAGUUGUCAGAUACUCGGGCCGAUCUACAGACGACUCGCGUUGGACUACAAAAGACACAGUCGGAAUUACAGCAUUAUAGAAACGAUCAGCCACUUAAUUCUUCUGAACCAAACGCCCUGGCACCAGAACCACAGACUCGCCGCGAAAUAAAUCGGCUUUUGUCGACACGAAGUCGCCGAGUAACUAGCAAACAAGAGAAAGCAUUCUCUGCUCAAGCGACCGGUCAUUCCGUAUCGCUGGUAACACAUCAGACAGUCAUGUUCCCACAUGUCGUCCUCAACGAAGGUGCGGUAUACGACAAUUUGACGGGUGUUUUCACCUGUCCCGAGCCCGGGGUAUAUUACUUCUCUGUCACCAUAAUGGCAUUUCGAGACGACGAGGUCGAAACAGAACUAGUAGUGAAUGGUUACCAAAUGAUGAUUAACUACGCCGGCGGAUAUCAGCGACAUGACCAAACCACCAACUCAGUAGUGGUUCGUCUCAACACUGGAGACCGGGUUUGGGUUCGAAUACUUCAAAACCCAGCCGUGAAUACGGAUGGUGCUAUACGCAUUUAUGGAUAUGCAUGGUCAACCUUCAGUGGCUUUAUGUUAUAA